AUGAACCAAAUAUGUACCCAGAACCUUCUCUCACACCACCUCGCCUACAGAACCCUGAAACUCCACCUCCACUCGCCACCAGCGUUCCAAGUAGAAAGGAUCAAGGGCAGCAACUGCGGCAGCCGGAUGUGCGUGUGGGGCUCCAAGGGAGUCACUGUCAUGGAGCUCCCGGCGCGGUGGGGCCGCUCGGGCCUGUUCGAGUCGGGCAACUACUCCAUCCUGUGCAAGAGUGCCACGCUUGACGAGAGGUUCCUGUACUCGCAGACGGAGGUGCGGAGUGUCCAGUGGCAUCCCACAUCGCUGUCACGGCUUCUUGUGUUGGUCUCCGAUAAUACUUUGAGGCUCUACAACGUAGCAGUGAAGACGGGUCCUAAGCUGGUCAAAGUGAUCACCAUAGGGCCGAAGCCCCACGGCCUGUUAGCUGGCCGGACCUUCCUAGACAGCCUAGGGGAUACGGCCGUGGACUUCACCCCUACUCCUGACUCUGAGCAUAUCCUCAUACUGAGGGGAAACGGCGAUGUGUACAUGAUGCCGUGCGACAUAGAAGCAAUGAGCUCCAACCAGCCAAAGAUCACCGGUCCCCUAGCCAUGUAUCCUCCAGCAGACGACAACUACGGCACCGACUCGUGCUCCAUCAUAGCGCUGGGCAGCCCCGACGCGCCGCCUGUAGUGGUGGUAGCAACGUGCUCCGCUGCGCUGUACCACUGCCUCCUGCUGCCCCACCCCACCGAGCGAGACGAAGGCGACAGUCACGCUCUCUACGUGAUAGAAGCAGUAGAGCUGAACAUGGUGCUGACGGGCGACGCCGAAUUGGAGUACUCGUACCCUGUGCACUUGUACCCGCCACCGACAGACGAAAGCGACAGUCACGCUCUCUAUGUGACAAGAGCAGUAGAGCUGAACAUGGUGCUGACGGCCGACGCCGAGCUACACUCCAACCAGCUUAAGAUCACCGAUCCCUUAGCUAUGUACCCUCCAGCAGACGACAACUACGGCACCGACUCGUGCUCCAUCAUAGCGCUGGGGAGCCCCGACGCACCGCCUGUAGUGGUGGUGGCCACGUGCUCGGCUGCCUUGUACCACUGCCUCCUGCUGCCCCACCUGAAGAUCACCGGUUCCUUAGCUAUGUAUCCUCCAGCAGACGACAAUUACGGCACCGACUCGUGCUCCAUCAUAGCGCUGGGCAGCCCCGACGCGCCGCCUGUAGUGGCGGUAGCUACCUGCUCCGCUGCCUUGUACCACUGCCUUCUGCUACCCCACCCCACCGAGCGAGACGAAGGCGACAGUCACGCUCUCUACGUGAUAGAAGCAGUAGAGCUGAACAUGGUGCUGACGGGCGACGCCGAAUUGGAGUACUCGUACCCUGUGCACUUGUACCCGUGCACAAACAACGUAUACGCGUGCAUCCACGCGGCGGGCGUGCACACAAUCUCGCUGCCUAUCAUGGACAGCCUGAAGGAUUACGCUCAGGCUAAUGAAGAGGAAUCCGAGACAGUUCUCUCCGCGCUAUGCUCAAAGCCGAGUUCGGCGCGGCAUCUGGUCUGCACUGUUGGCCCGCGCGGAGCCGUCAGUCCACCUUGCGGCCUCACGCUCAAUACUUCACCGCUGCCGCUGCUCAAUGUGCUGUGCUCUGACGGCCAGAUGUUCGUCAGAUGGUUGGAGCCAUACAUCGUAGAAGAGCAUCUAUACCAACACUUACAAACGAAGACCCCGUCGCUAGGUCGAGAUGAAUUCAACGCAAUGCUGCACGAGAGGCAAAAGAUGACGUUCACCGCGAUAAUCCAAGAGAUUCUGGCCAAAAACGUCUCUCAACCUGUCCUGAAUAUGGACAAAUCUGAAGAACCGUCCCUGAAGGAAACUUUGGAGUUCUUAACCCAAGUGACGAUGAAACUCCGCGGCGAGUACAUAGCGAAGCAACAGCGCGCGUAUGACGUCAUCGUGAAGAAGAUGAAGGCACUUGCUAACUUGAGCGCACAGCACGAGAACUGGACUGAAGAUCUGAAGAGGCAAAAGAUGACGUUCACCGCGAUAAUCCAAGAGAUUCUGGCCAAAAACGUCUCUCAACCUGUCCUGAAUAUGGACAAAUCUGAGGAGCCGUCCUUGAAGGAAACUUUGGAGUUCUUAACCCAAGUGACAAUGAAACUCCGCGGCGAGUACAUAGCGAAGCAACAGCGCGCGUAUGACGUCAUCGUGAAGAAGAUGAAGGCACUUGCUAACUUGAGCGCACAGCACGAGAGCUGGACUGAAGAUCUGAAGAAAGACAUUGACGACGUGAAUCUGAAGUCCACAGUGCUAAAGGAAAAGUGCAUGUUGGCCGAAAAACGCCAGGAGGACUUGAAAAUUAGGUUAUCCACAGCAGUGCGGAAGCUCCGCCACAGCGGCGCCCCCAGCGCGGCGGAGCGGGAACUACUGACGGAGCUAGAACGUCACCGGCACCUCGGCGCGCGUCUACAAGAACACGUGGCACAGCUCCGCGCGCACUCCGCCAGGAAGGCGGCCGAGCUCCAGAAAUGGAGGGACGAGUACAAGAAGAAAGACAUAGCCCUCGGCAAAUCCCACAGCGAUGCCAUCUCCUCAAUCCUCCGCCAGCAGACCACCCAAAUAUCAACGCUGAUCGAAGAAGCCAAACUGAUAAAGGACCAACUCAGCAUCGUCUAAGUUAUUUGUUAUUAGCAUUUGUUUAUAUUACCUUUUAUUUAAGUCAGUACAAGUAAAUUAUGUCUCGUAUGAUUGUUUAUGAAUAUUUUUCAGCUGAUUUCAUCUUUAUUUCAAAAGCAGAAGGCUCAAAAUGUAUCGUGGUCGUUUAAAAGUAA